CUGAUAGUCAGCCGGCGCCGUCUGUCCGGGUCCUCCAGCAUGAUCUAAAAUAGGCGUCUCUAUGGUCGAGUAAACCUAGAGCGAUUCCUCGCGUCCCACGUGCUGGGACUGCGCAUGAGCAAUAGACGCACCAUUGGAAAGAUGGCGGAGGAAGAGCCAAGAAGAAAGAUCCCUUUGGUUCCAGAAAAUCUCCUGAAAAAGAGGAAGGCUUAUCAGGCCCUCAAAGCCACCCAGGCAAAGCAGGCACUUUUGGAAAAGAAGAAGCAGAGGAAAGGGAAGGGGCUCAGGUUUAAGCGACUGGAAUCGUUCCUUCUUGAUUCCCGGCGACAGCAGCGUGACAGGGUGCGCAUCAGACGACUAAAAGUGAAACCUCACGGCUUGGAAGUGCCGGACGGACAUUCCUUGGCCUUUGCAGUACGCAUCCAAAGGAUUAAUGGGGUGAGCGGUCUGGUGCGGAAGACCAUCGCAAGGCUUCGCCUGAGGAAGAUUUUCAGUGGUGUCUUUGUCAAAGUGACCCCUGUAACCCUGAAAAUGCUGCGUACAGUGGAACCUUAUGUAACAUGGGGGUUUCCAAAUCUGAAGUCUGUCCGGGAACUCAUCCUGAAACGUGGCCAAGCCAAGGUCAAGAAUAAGACCAUCCCACUGACAGACAACACAGUGAUUGAGGAGCACCUAGGGAAGUUUGGUGUCAUUUGCUUGGAAGAUCUCAUUCAUGAAAUUGCCUUCCCGGGGAAGUAUUUCCAGGUGAUCUCACAGUUCUUGUGCCCUUUCUACCUCUCGGUGGCCCGUCAUGCUACCAAGAAUAAAGUGGGCUUUCUCAAGGAGAUGGGCUUACCUGGCUAUCGUGGUGAAAGCAUCAAUCAGCUCAUCCGGCAGCUGAACUAGACCCAGAAUAUCUGAAAGCACAGUGCAUUGGAGGCAUGUGUUUCUAUUUUCUGAAUUGUCAUCAAGUAUCUUCAAAGAAGAUUAUUUUCUGCUAUGUUUUCAGAAACUGGAGGGGAAAGGACAGUGGGUGUGUGCAUGGCAGGCACCUCUCAUAUCACAGCCCAGUCCCAGAGAAAAAUGCCAGUGUUUUCCACAUGGCCACUGCCGCCUCUGAAAUCAGCAAAGGACUCACAGUUGCCCUUGAAGAGGGAGUUCUGCUUUGUCACAUCUUUUAUCCUGGGAUUUAAUGUUGGUGAAUACCCAAGCAUGUGUACAAGGCUCUCCAGGACCCCUGCAGCAGUGGACCAAGCCCAGGGACAUACUUGACUUGGGGGAUCCUAGGGCCUUGUCUUGGAAGGAACUUGAAAUCCAAUUAGAAGUGCACACAAACAAGUACUCAGUUGUCUCUGUUGUGAGUCCGUGUUCCAGCGUUUUCAGUGACAGAUUUGAGAGCUUUCAAACUUGGCUAGCUCUAAGAAUGUAUCGAGUGGUUUCCUUAUCCUAGCCUGCAGCUGGCUUAGCCUUUUUCUCCAACUCAGGAUUUUAACCUAUUCUUGAGUUACAGAGCUUGUUGAGGAUCUAUGAGAAGGACCUCCUUCCCCAGGAAAAUAUUCUUGGAAUUUGAGGAUGUUGUAGACCGUUCUCCUCAGGGACACUCAUGCACUUAUGGAGGAAGUCCUGCUCUACCAGGAUUGGUCAGCCAGGUUCCUGCCCCUGGUAGUCUUCUGGCUCCAUAUCCUGUAGAGGACCAAAACUUAGAAAGAUAGCUUUUUCCCUUCAAUUAGGUGCUUCAUACUAAGAACACAGUGGUAGGUGCCCAAGAUCCCCACACCAUCUCCAACUGGGGAAAUGCCCACCUUGUUUCUGCCAGGGUUCAGGGUGGAAUCUUCUAAAACUCAGAUCAGGAAGGAGUGAACCAUUUUCUUUGUUUGGCAUGGAUGAAAUUAGCACUACGGGUAUCUGGUCUUUUAGGCCCUAGGCAGGGCAGCUUAUUUAGACCCUUCUUGGUGUUGCUCUUUCCUUAAAUAUUCUUGAGCUUCAGAAGUGUGGCCCUCUGCCCUGCUGACAGUGAUGUAGUAGACCAACAAAAGGGAAGGGCUUCUGGGGGUGUUAGACCUGAACAGAGGGGAUCUGGUCCUGCUUGUCUUUAUCAAUGUCCACUCUGAAGGAGCCUGCCCUUUCAACUUCCAGCUAAGCAGUUGAGGUGUACUAGACCAAGGUUAAGUUUUAACUGUUGUGUCCUCUGGUCCCUUCAGAUCAGUUUUGCCGCAAUUUUGGCUUAUGGGAAUCUCAAACAUAGCUGUGAGAUUGAGUUAGAUGUAUGACAAUGCCUUAAAAUGUGCCAGAUUAUGAGGUAAUUAGGUUGCUUGGCUCAAGAGUUAAUGGCUUACACUGUAAAGCAUUGUGAAAUCAGAUUUCUUUACAAUGAUGUAUCACAAAGUCAUGGGAAAAAAGUAGUUGUGAGGCUGGAAGUCUAGGGUUUAUGUUCCAAGUCUAUCUUGUACUAAUUGUGGGAACAGUGUUUCCACUCUUCACUAUAAACUGGGGCUAAUAGCAUCUAGCCUGUCUGCUUCACAGGGUUGUUAAAAGGGUUAAGUGGAAUAGUUUUCUAACUUAGAAUUUUGUAUAAAUAAAAGAUCAAAAAUUU